UCGGCCUGUCCACCAUCUUGCGCCGCUAUCUAGAGGUGAGGUGUUCGGUUGUGCCGCGUUCGGCCUCUCGGUGGAAACAUCGAAGGGCGCCUUAAUGGCGGAGAGUCAGUCAGCGGCCGGGCUAGGGGACUUCACAUCCCUUGGUGCGGCCGCGGCUCUGGGCUCAGAACCCGAAACGCGGCGGCUGAGUGAGCUGCGGGUCAUCGACCUGCGCGCCGAGCUCAAGCGCCGUAACUUGGACAGCGGUGGCAACAAGAGCGUCCUCAUGGAGCGGCUGAGGAAGGCUAUCGAGGAGGAAGGGGGAGAUCCUGAUGAAAUUCCUGUGGCCUCCGAACUGACCAACAAGAGAAUGCCAAAAAGAGCUAGUAAAGGAAGAAAACCAGAAGAAGAAGGUGUUGAAGACAAUGGACUAGAAGAAAACUCUAGAGAUGGGCAGGAUGAUAUUGAAGCCAGUCUGGAUACCUUGCAAGACAUUGACAUGAUGGAUAUCAGUGUGUUAGAUGAAGCUGAAAUAGAUAACAGCAGUGCUGUGGACUGUGGAGAAGACUAUAGUCCAGAUAAUAUCCUUGAUUCUCUGUCUGAUAAUAAAGACAAUGUCGAAGCAGAAAUGAAAGAACUUCCAGAUCAGCUAACAGAAAAUGAGGAAGAUUAUGAUGAAAUUGAAAACAAUUUAGAUGCCCCUUCUUCUGAUUUAAUAGAAAUGAAGAAAAUGGAGAAGCUACACUUGGAGCCAGAAAAUGAGAAAAUACUCGACAUUUUGGGGGAAACUUGUAAAUCUGAGCUACUUAACGAAGAAACUUCCGAAGCGGAGCGGGCGCAUGCACAGGAAGCCAGUAACGUGGUGCCAGGCAAGAGGCUGGCAGAGGAAGAGGACGCUCUUGGUGGCGCUCAGGUGGAGGAAGAUGCUUUAGAUUUGGACAGCAAAGCGGCCCAAGCUAUGGCAAGGAAGGAAGCAAAGCGUUUAGUUGUAGCGAAAGGGGAGACAAGUGAACAGACAAUAGAGGAAGCGAAGCCGGACUCUGACUCUUUAGUAGUAGAGAGCGUGAGCAAUCAGAGUAGCAAACGCUCCCCAGGCCUGGAAGCCUCUAGUGGGGAACCAGCGGGCAAAGGCGCAGGUCCCGAAGCCAAAGAUAGCAAAGAAGAUGCCAAGAAAGCAGAAGACAAAGCUAAUUCAGAGGAACCCCCUGCUACUAAAGAGUCCUCAGCCAGUGAGGGCGGUGAUCAGAAAAAGAGCCCCGGUGAGGAGGACAGAGAUGCAAAGAUAAUACCAAAGGAUGAGAAAGGUCGCACUGCCAGUGGUUCUGGUAGAAACUUCUGGGUGAGUGGCCUGGCUUCCACUACCAGAGCUACAGAUCUGAAGAAUCUCUUUAGCAGAUACGGGAAGGUGGUAGGUGCCAAAGUGGUUACCAACGCUCGCAGCCCUGGUGCUCGCUGCUACGGCUUUGUCACCAUGUCAACAGCUGAGGAAGCCAGCAAGUGCAUCACUCACCUCCACAAAACAGAGUUACACGGGAAGAUAAUCUCUGUAGAAAAAGCCAAAAGUGAACCCUCUGGGAAGAAGCUAAGUGAUAAAAAAGAGAAUGAAACAAAGAAAGAAACAGCCACUGAGAGACCUGGCAGCGUUAAAAAGGAUGAGAAAUCUGACCAAAAAGAUGAUCCUAAAAAGACAGAAGAUGAAAAGGAAAAAAAAGAGAAAGAGGAACUGAAGCCAGGCUCAUCAGAUCAACCUAAAACUAUUAAGUCAGGAAGUAAAGGAACAGAGAGAACAGUAGUAAUGGAUAAAUCCAAAGGAGAACCUGUUAUUAGUGUGAAAACAUCAACUACAUCAAAAGACCGAAGCAUCAAGAGCCAGGAUCGCAAAUCGGAGAGCCGGGAGAGACAAGGGAUUGUGCCAUUUGACAAAAUCAAAGCCCAGAGGAAGAUGAGGGAGGCAGAGCAGCGCCGCACCCGGGAGCGCCGGGAGAGGCAGCAGCACCUGCAGACUAUACGGGAACGAGAGGAAAGAGAAAGGCUGGAGAUUGCUCGGGAGAGGCUGGAAAUUGAACGGCAGCGUCUCGAACGGGAACGGAUGGAAAGAGAAAGACUGGAAAGGGAACGAAUGCACAUAGAGCAUGAGAGGAGGAGGGAACAGGAUCGCAUCCAGAGGGAAAGAGAAGAGCUGCGGCGCCAGCACGAGCAGCUGCGCUACGAGCAGGAGCGUCGCUCUGCCAUGAGGAGACCGUAUGACAUCGACGGCAGGAGAGAUGAUCCAUACUGGCCAGAGGCAAAACGAAUGGCAAUGAAUGACAGGUACCACUCAGACUUCAGCCGCCAGGAUCGCUUCCAUGACUUCGACCACAGGGAUCGUGGCCGGUACCAAGACCAUUCAAUAGACAGGAGAGACGGAUCCAGGACAAUGAUGGGAGAUCGGGAUGGACAACACUAUCCAGAUGAGCGCCAUGGAGGACCAGACCGCCACUCACGAGAUUCCCGGGAAAGCUGGGGUAGUUAUGGAUCCGACAGAAGGAUGAGUGAAAGCAGAGGGAUGCCCCCCCAGUCACGGGAUGGACGGGACUGGGGAGAUCAUGGCCGCAAGUUUGAAGGACAUCAAGAUCGUUCGUGGCAGAGCAGUGUGGAUGGAGGGAUGAUGGGGCGAGAUCAUGAGCGAUGGCAAGGUGGAGGUAGAGGCAGACCUGGCCAUGUGAUCCAUCGCGGAGGCAUGUCAGGGCGUGGAGGUUUCAUGCAAGGUGGCAACCAAAGUCAGAUGAUGCACGGAGGAGGAAUGCAAGGGGAAGGCUUUGCUGGCCAGGAGAGAGCAAACAGACCCAACGACCCUCGUUUCAACCGUCGCUACUGAAUGUCUUUAGUUUUUAACUCAAGGUGGCAACUGAAAUGAGGCUGUUCCCCAAGGUUACCAUUCAUUGUAACUGGUGGGCUACUCUAAGUGUCAUUUUUUUUAAGCUGCUACCAUCUUAUUUCACACAACCCAAUGUGAACUCGUUUGUUUUGUAAUGUGUUGUUCAUAUCCCAUUUAAAAUGUUUGUUAAUGAAGCAUUCCAUUUUCCAUAAAUAAAAGCCAGUUUACAGGUAA